AUGACGCGAAAUCACAAUCUACACAGCGAUCAUCGCUCAUAUCAUGACCGCGGUCGUGGCCACGAUCGUUACCAUCGCACCAAUCGCGGGCCGAGGUCUCGGUCCCCUCCCCGCGACCGCGACCGCGAGUACGCACGCGAGCACCUUCGUGAUCCCUAUCGUCCUCAGUCCCAGUCCUAUGGUGACCGUAAUUCUCGCGAUGGCCGCGACGGUCGAAAUGGCCGAGAUGGUCGAGAUGAUUAUGAUACCUUCCGAGCUCGCGGUCAGGGCUCUCCGACUUCUACCGCCUUUUCUGGUCGAGGUGGUGAUGAUCGCUACCGACCUCCCCAAGGGGACUUCACAUUUAGGGUCGACAAGCCAGCGGGGGUUCAAGAAUCUGAUACAUACCGUCCACAGAACAAUUCUGGUCGUAACGAUCGCCGUCGAGGCUAUUCUCCCAACCGCGACGCUAAGAGGAAUCGCGGUGCGCAGAACCGGCGCGACCACCAUUCCAGCCAGCCCUUUGGUGCCCGCCCGAGGCGGCCCAUGUUCAUCGCUGCAGAGCGUGAAUUGCUAAAAGUCAACCACGAGACAGGAAAUGAACAGCUUCUAUAUGACCCGUCUAAUAGCGUUCAGUACCGACCUUUAGACGAGCUCACCGAUUCGGAAGCCGAGUCUAAUCUGAGCAACGAGGAUCAACAAGAUGGCGAGCCGGCGCACAAGCGUGCGCGUCUCAGCCUUGAACAGUCAGCUUCUGACAACAAUGUUCCCAAGUGGUCGAACCCCGACCCGUACACUGCCCUUCCCAUUCAACCGAUUGAGCAGAAGAAGAAGAAGGAUGUCGUUCAAUUGAUCCGGAAGGCCCGGAUUCAGCCGGAUCAACCUCGUGCUUCUCUUCCUGCCGAUCUUGCUGACUUCAUUGCUCUUGACGAUGACGAUGAAGACGAGCAAGAGAACACCAAGACAACCGAAGAAUACGAUGACGACUACGAGCCAACCUUAGACCUUGGCCCCUCUGUCGUCAAUGUGCCCUCUCCUGCUCCCAACCAGGGAAGCCACAUUGCUCCUGGCCCUGCUGACCAGUCGCCCGUCUUUGCCGACCUGUCGAAGCAGACCACCGCCAGUAUGCCAGCUACGGCCAGCGGCACCGCCGUGGUAGAGGAUGUGCCUGUGGAGAAUCCGCAGCGGGUGGUGCGCCCACGUCUGCCUCGUGGUGUUCUCUUUGAAGAUCCCACUCCUGCUAUUCUUGGCAACAGGAAGCGCACAUGGGAUGAUGAAAUUAAGGUCCCGCAUGCUACGUUAAAGAAAGCCUCUAAGAUUCCGGCUUCUGGUGAGAUUGUCGAGGCCUGGCGGCCUCGGGCUGACCUGAAUCCUAUCCCCUGGUUUCGGCCCAACGCCACGAACAGCGGUUCAAUCAACGUUUUGCUUCAUAAAGAAGUUGCCGACUUUUAUGCCUACGUCAAGCCUCGUGAUUUUGAGGAUCGGCUGCGCGGUGAGCUCGUCCAGGACCUGAAGCGGUUUUCUCGGCGUCUCUUUGGUGAUGCUGAGGUCUAUCCCUUUGGUUCCUUCUGUUCGGGCCUCUAUCUGCCGAAUGGCGACAUGGAUCUUGUCCUGAUGUCCGACUUAUACAAAAACGGCGGCCCUCCUCGUUAUCACGACAACCACGCACUCUUCAAGUUCAGAAAUGGCCUUGUUAAGGAAGGGAUGAUACAUAACAACAACAUUGAACUCAUUCUACAUGCCCGAGUCCCGUUGGUCAAGUUUGUCGAGAGGAAGACGGGUCUGCGAAUCGACAUCUCCUUCGAGAACCGGUCUGGCAUUGUGGCCAUCAACACCUUCCACAAGUGGCGUAACCUCUACCCGGGCAUGCCUGCCCUCGUUUCCGUCAUCAAGCAUUUCCUGCUCAUGCGCGGCCUCAACGAGCCGGUCAAUGGUGGAAUCGGCAGCUUUUCUGUUACUUGCUUGGUCGUUAGCAUGCUGCAAAUGAUGCCUGAAGUGCAGAGCGGCAACAUGGACACGCGUCAUCAUCUCGGUGAGCUGCUGCUCCGUUUCUUCGAUUAUUACGGCAACAGGUUCAACUACGAGGGUUUGGCCAUUUCGCUGGAUCCUCCUGCGCUUAUUCCCAAGAACCAAGCGCCCCCGAAGCCCCAGCCAGGCCAGAGGAAAUUUUGCAUCAUUGACCCCAAUGACCCGACCAACGAUAUCGCCGGCGGUUCAAGCAACGCCCCACGCAUCGUUGAGCUCUUUGCUGAGGCCUACAAAGAGCUCACCAGGAGGUUGGACCAAGUGGCUAAGGACCCGAACUUGGCCAACGUGAGCAUCUUGGAGGUCAUUCUGGGCGGCAAUUACUCUGACUAUGAGCGUCAGCGUCAUUACCUGCAGCAUCUUGCCAACGGCGGCGAGCCUUAUUUCCCACCCUCCAGGCCGGCCAACAGUGGCAAUGGGUAUCAGCACCGCAAUAAUGGUGGCGGCUAUCAAGGCCAUAAUCACGGUCGCUCUCGCAACCACGGCAGUAGUCGUCGGCGCCGUUAA